AAAUUCAGCCCCUCUCAAACCCUUCCAACGGCUACAUUUCUCUCUCUCUCUCUCUCUCUCUCUCUCUAUUCCUCAACUCUUUCUCUCGCUGCCUUGGCUCUUCAAUUGGCUGAUCCAACCCUACUCUCUCUCUCUCUACUUUCUCUCUCUAGACUCUUGCAAACGAUGAAGCACUUUAUGCAACCAAGAAAUGCGAUCUUGAGAGAGAACCACCCGUCUUCGGAAUCCGCAACGUCUCCGAACCCUAGUUCUGUGAAGCAGAGAUCUGCUUCUUCUUCUUCUCGCAAGCAUAAAUCGUCGAAAGAGAACGCUCCGCCGUUGGAUCCGAAUGCAAUGCUGGAUUCUCCGUUGGUCGCCGGAAAACCAUCGCCGGCGGCAGUAGGGAAGAUCAAGAGUCCGCUUCCGCCGAGGCCACCGUCUUCGAACCCUCUGAAGCGGAAGUUAAGCAUCGAGUCCAUCCCCGAGAACGGACUUCCUGGAUCUUCUGAUACUGGAGUAAAGGUUAUAGUGCGAAUGCGGCCACCAAGUAAGGACGAGGAAGAAGGAGAUUUGAUAGUUCAGAAAACAGCUAAUGAUUCUUUGUCCAUCCUUGGACAGACAUUUACAUUUGAUUCUGUUGCUGACACUAAUUCAACACAGCUAGAUAUAUUCCAGCUUGUUGGAGCUCCUCUUGUUGAAAAUUGCCUUGCCGGGUUUAACAGCUCUGUUUUUGCAUAUGGACAGACUGGUAGCGGAAAGACUUAUACAAUGUGGGGACCUGCCAAUGCCUUGUUGGGAGAAAACCUAUCAAGUGAUCAACAGGGCUUAACGCCUCUUGUUUUUGAGCGACUUUUUGCCCGCAUAGAUGAGGAGCAAAUUAAGCAUGCUGAUAAGCAGCAACUAAUGUAUCAGUGUCGCUGUUCUUUUCUUGAGAUAUACAAUGAACAAAUCACUGAUUUGUUGGAUCCGAGCCAAAGAAACCUCCAGAUAAGAGAAGAUGUCAAAUCUGGUGUCUAUGUUGAGAAUUUGACAGAGGAGUGUGUAUCUACAAUGAAGGAUGUAACACAACUUCUAAUAAAGGGAUUAUCAAACAGGAGGACUGGUGCAACAAGUAUAAAUGCUGAGAGUUCCCGUUCACAUAGUGUAUUUACUUGUGUUGUUGAAUCACGAUACAAGAGUGUGGCAAACGGUUUAAGCUGCUUCAAAUCAAGCAGAAUAAACCUCGUUGAUCUUGCUGGUUCAGAAAGACAGAAAUUAACAGGUGCAGCUGGUGAACGCUUGAAGGAAGCGGGGAAUAUCAAUCGAUCGCUUUCACAGCUUGGGAACUUGAUAAACAUUCUUGCAGAAGUUUCCCAAACAGGAAAGCAGAGGCACAUUCCCUACAGAGAUUCCAGGUUAACAUUCUUAUUGCAGGAAUCUCUUGGUGGAAAUGCAAAACUUGCAAUGGUCUGUGCUAUUUCUCCUACGCAAAGCUGUAAGAGUGAGACUUUAAGCACACUGAGAUUUGCCCAGCGUGCAAAGGCUAUCAAGAACAAGGCAGUCGUUAAUGAAGUAAUGCAGGAUGAUGUAAAUUUCUUGCGUGAAGUGAUACGGCAAUUGAAGGAUGAACUGCUUCGCAUGAAGGCAAAUGGCAACCAAACUGACCCAAAUGGAGGUUAUUCAACAGGGUGGAAUGCCCGUAGAAGCUUAAAUCUCUUGAAAUUUAGCCUUAAUCGUCCAAUGACGUUACCUCACAUAGAUGAUGACAGUGAUGAAGAAAUGGAAAUUAUUGAGGAUGCUGAUCAAUUUGGUGUUCAGUCAGAAGACAGUGAAGCAAACAAUGCCAUGGAUGUGAGCAAUCAAGAAACUGAACAGUUGGACUCACAACAUACAGCCUGCAAAGAAGGAACUUCUGGGGAGCCUCAGCCAGAUACAUCUGAAAGUUCUUGUAUUGAAAAUCAAGGCUCGAAGGACAUAGAUGUCAUUAUGGAGGAAGAAAUAUCUGACCAAGUUGACAAGCAUGGUGAAGGAAGUGACAAAGAUUCUUUUGGGAAGCCCUGUCAGGAGUCUCUCACCUCAUCUAUUAGUAAUUUGCUGAAUGAAGAAUCACCAAGUAAGCCAGUGGGGAAUAGUCCCACACACCUAUGUUCGAAGCCAGCAGGUCAAACUUCUGCAGAUAAUGCAGUAAAAGGUGUGUCUGGUACUUCUCCAAAUGGCUGUGACAAUCAUAUUGCUCCUUCUAACCUCAGCCUAGUUCCAUGUGAAAUACCCCCAAUUCUUAAGUCACCCACACCCAGUGUUUCACCAAGAGUUAAUGACAACAGCAGGAAAAGCCUUAGGAAUUCAUCCGUAUUAACUCCUUCCCGGAAAGAUCUCAGGGAUGAUGAGUUAGGCUCAGAGGCUGUACAUAUAUCUUUUGCAAAGGCCUCAAAAAGCAGCUGUCUGAAUUCUCAGUCGACAAAAUCAAGUAGAAGUGGUUUUCCACCAACUGAAUAUUUGGCUGCUAGUCUGCACCGUGGUCUUGAAAUUAUCGAUAGUCAUCGACAGAGUUCUGCUUUGAGGCGUUCAUCAUUCAGAUUUUCAUAUAAACCUGCUGAUAUUAAGCCAAUUUUACCAAUUGACAAAGUUGAUGUGGGUGUACAAACUCUUCCUCAAAAUGAGUUACCAGAAGAGGAUUUAUUGGUGUUCUUGUGUAGUAAAUGCAAGAGUGGAAAUUCUCCGCAAGAGAUCAAAGAUGCGAAUGACACUUCAAAUUUGCAGUUAGUACCUGUGGAUGGAUUACCGUCGGUGGACAAAUCUAAGAAGCUAGUUCCGAAAGCAGUAAAAAAAGUCUUGGUGGGAGCUAUUCGUAGAGAGAUGGCAUUAGAAGAGUUUAGUGCCAAACAAACUUCUGAAAUUAUGCAACUUAAUCGUUUGGUCCAACAGUACAAGCAUGAGAGGGAAUGCAAUGAGAUUAUUGGACAGACACGGGAAGAUAAAAUUGUACGCCUUGAGAGCCUGAUGGAUGGCAUUUUAACUACCGAGGAGUUCAGAGAGGAUGAGUUAGUAUCACUAAAGAUUGAGCAUGAGCUUCUGAAGGAAAAAUAUGAAAACCAUCCAGAAGUUUUGAGGACAAAAAUUGAGUUAAAAAGAGUUCAAGAUGAGCUGGAGCAAUACAAGAACUUCUUUCAUAUGGGCGAGAAGGACGUGUUGUUGGAAGAGAUUCAAGAUCUAAGAAACCAGCUGCAUUAUUAUAUAGACUCUGCACCAAUGUCAGCUCGAAAACAAGGUCCUAUCCUGCAGUUAACCUAUUCAAGCGAGCCCAGUGUGGCUCCAACUUUGUGCACAAUUCCAGAGUCAACUGAAGAGAGUGCUGAACAGAAACUUGAACAGGAGAGAAUUCGUUGGAUGGAAGUAGAGAGCAAGUGGAAUUAUAUUGCUGAAGAAUUGAAGAUUGACCUUGAAGCUAGCCGUUCUCUAGCUGAGAAGUGGAAGCAUGAACUGGAUUUGGAGAAGAAAUGCUCAGAAGAGCUGAAGGAAGCAAUACAGAUGGCAAUGGAGGGCCAUGCACGCAUGCUUGAACAGUAUGCAGAUCUUGAGGAGAAACAUAUUCAUUUGCUUAUGAGGCAUAGGAACAUUCAAGAUGGAAUAGAAGAUGUCAAGAAAGCAGCUGCCAAAGCAGGAGUGAGGGGUGCUGAAUCUAAGUUUAUAAAUGCUCUUGCUGCAGAAAUCUCAGCACUAAAAGUGGAAAGAGAAAAAGAGAGGCGAUAUUUCAGGGAUGAGAAUAAAGGUUUGCAGGCCCAACUGAGGGAUACUGCUGAGGCUGUGCAGGCUGCUGGUGAACUACUUGUGCGUCUUAAAGAAGCAGAAGAAGCUGUUGCUGCUACCCAGAAGCAAGCUAUGGAUGCUGAACAAGAAACUGAGAAAGCUUAUAAACAGAUUGAUAAAAUGAAGAAAAAAUAUGAGAAGGAUAUCAUUUCAUUGAACCAGUUACUUGCUGAGUCUCGUUUGCCUAAAGAAGCAAUAAGACCCGCUUGUGAUGACUCUGAUGCAGUGAAAUCUGAUGCUGGAGAGACCACUAAUACAGGUGAUCAGCGAUGGCGAGGUGAGUUUGAGGCAUUAUGUAAUGUCGAAGAAGGUGAAUUAUCAAAACUUGCAGAACCCUCUUCUUGGUUCUCAGGGUAUGAUCGAUGCAACAUAUAGACAAGACAGGACAUGGUAAUGGCAUACUAGUGUAUAUUGUAUAUACACUAUACUAACAGAUUCUGUUACAUAGCCCUGAAUCAUCUUGUAGCAGUUUUUUUUACUGGUAUUUUAGUUGUUCUCACCAAUUGUAAGGACCAAUGUAUUGGUUCUCUGUGUGUGCCCUGUAUUCAUUUUGGAUUCUUGAAUCAUAAAAGUUGAAUGAAUGAAUCAAUGUUUGUAUUCUUUUAUUGA